AUGCCACGCGCUGAAGCAGGGAGUACUAAAGCGAUCGGCAACAAACUCAAAGCUAAAGGACUAGGUCGGUUGCGAUGGUACUGUCAGGCCUGUGAACGCCAAAUGCGCGAUGAAAAUGGAUUUAAAUGCCAUGUUCAGAGCGAGAGUCAUGUACGCCAGGUGCUGCUUAUUGGGGAGGACCCGAAGAAAUAUAUCGAAGAUUACAGCAUGCAGUUUAUCGAUAAUUUUCUAAAUACGUUGAGGUCUACGCAUGGCGAGAAGAAGGUCCAUAUCAAUCAGUUUUACCAGCAGGUUAUUGCGGAUAAGGAGCACAUUCACAUGAACGCUACGAAAUGGAAGAGCCUUACCCAAUUUGCUGCGCAUCUGGGUCGCGAAGGGCUGUGCCAUGUUGAGGAGACAGAGAAGGGUUUAUUUGUCUCGUAUAUUGAUCGGAGCCCGGAUGCGAUGAGGCGACGCGAAGCUAUCAUGAAGAAGGACCGGCAAGACAGGGGAGAUGAAGAACGUGAGCAACGACAGAUCCAGGAACAGGUUGAACGGGCGCGCAUGAACAUAGAGAAUGAGGACGAAGUCGACCCCGAGGCCCGGAAUCUACAACGUAAGGAGGGUGAGAAGGUGAAGUUAAAUAUCGGGUUCGUCUCGAAGGGAAGUAAUCAGUCAAAUGGCGAGACGCAAUCGACUGAGGAACAGGAUAAGAAGGCUUCUUCGGCAACACCGGAAUCCUCUGCUGCUGCAUCCCCCGCUCCAGCCCAGGGUGCAACUCCGGCGGCCCCGAAGUUGACAAUGUCACUAGGGGGUGCUAAUAAGCCCAAGAAUGUUUUUGCUUCCGCUGCAAAGAAGAACCCGCUGGCCGGAAAGAAAGGACCGGUUCUGGCUGCCCCCAAGAAGAUGACGGAGCAAGAAAGAAUUAUGAAACAGGAGAUGGAAGCAAUGCAACGAAAGCGCCUCGGUGGAGGUUCCGGCAUGCCCAACUCCAAACGACCCAAAGUAUCGUGA